AUGUCCGGUGGUAUCAAUGCAGGCGACAGCAAGCUCGCCUUUGAAAGCUCUGAGCACGUCAAGGUCGCAACCACUUUCGAUGCCAUGGGUUUAAAGGAAGAUCUGCUUCGUGGCAUCUAUGCGUACAAUUUUGAAAAACCCUCGGCGAUCCAGCAACGAGCGAUCCUGCCCAUCAUUCGAGGUCGCGAUGUCAUCGCACAGGCUCAAUCAGGAACGGGCAAAACCGCCACGUUCAGCAUCUCGAUGCUACAAUCUAUCGACACAACCCUCAGAGAAACACAAGCCCUGGUACUCAGUCCAACGCGCGAAUUGGCCAUUCAGAUCCAGUCGGUCGUUCUUGCUCUCGGAGACUACUUGAACGUUCAAUGUCACGCAUGCAUUGGCGGUACCAGCGUAGGCGAAGACAUUCGAAAACUCGACUACGGUCAACACAUUGUCUCUGGUACGCCCGGUCGAGUCUAUGACAUGAUUCGACGUCGACAUUUGCGCACAAAAAACAUCAAGAUGCUCAUCCUUGACGAAUCUGACGAACUGCUCAACAUGGGCUUCAAGGAUCAGAUUUACGACGUUUACCGUUACCUGCCACCUUCGACCCAAGUCGUGCUCCUCUCGGCCACUUUACCGCAAGAUGUGCUCGAGAUGACCUCCAAGUUCAUGACUGAUCCCGUCCGCAUCCUAGUCAAACGUGACGAAUUGACUUUGGAAGGCAUCAAACAAUUUUUCGUCGCUGUCGAAAAGGAAGAAUGGAAGUUCGACACCCUCUGUGAUCUCUACGACACCCUCACCAUCACACAAGCCGUCAUCUUUUGCAACACGCGACGCAAAGUGGAUUGGCUCUCGGCCAAAAUGAAAGAGAACAACUUUCAGGUGAGCAGUAUGCACGGAGAGAUGCAGCAAAAGGAAAGGGAUGAAGUUAUGGCCGAGUUCAGACAGGGCAGCUCCAGGGUGUUGAUCACCACGGAUGUAUGGGCGAGAGGUAUCGAUAUCGCCAACAUCUCGUUAGUCAUCAACUAUGAUCUGCCUACCAACAGGGAAAAUUACAUCCACAGAAUUGGUCGAAGUGGAAGGUUCGGCAGGAAGGGUGUAGCUAUCAAUUUCGUUACCGUGGACGACGUCAGAACCUUGAGGGAUAUCGAACAGUUUUACUCCACUCAGAUCGAUGAGAUGCCUGUCAAGCUGGAGGACAUGUUGUGA